UUUCAAGCGGAGCCGCAUCCAAAACUUUAAGGAUUGAGCAGCAUCGCGUUUCGCAAAGACCGAGAUCAAGCAGCUCAUACGGCACCAACAGGUGCACCGCUACUUGUCAAGAUGGUGGGCGUCAUACGGCGAAUGAACAAAUUAAGAGGACAGCUCUUAGAAAUUCGACAUGGACCCGGCGCAGCCCUCCUACCCCCCGAUGUUACGCGGAUACACAUUGAGUUUGCGAAGAAGAACAGCGAGGGGCAUAUGGGGCCAAGGAAGUUCUGGCGAGAGAGCCUGCCGCGUUUGAAAUUCUGGAACCCGGCCAUCCCAAUGAUCGUCAACCGGACCACCGACCAGGCCGGCCCCGCGACCAUGACACUAUACUUCCGUGAUGGCAGUAAAGACGCCGAUGCUGCCGCUGCCGCUGCCGAGGAAGGCGCCCAGUCUGAGAUUGCUUCUUCCGCGGACGGAUUUGCGAAGGCACCCGAACCGGCCCAGGGCGAGCGGACAGUCUCGAUCAACAUGAAGGCGCUGCACUCGAGCAUCAUACUAAAGGAGUUCAUGGAGAAGACGGGCGCGGUUCCGGUACUGCCCACGCCACAAGAGGAGGCCGAGCUGCGAGAUGCUGAGGAGUUGAGGAAGAGGGGCGAGGUGGAUCGCGAGAGGGUACGGAGAAUGCUGGAGGCGCAAAGGAGGGAGGCUGCGCUUGUUGCACAGGCGAGGAACGAAGCUGCUACUCUCAAGGCUGCAUCAUGAGCCUAGUCAUUCCCUUCGCGAUUGUAUGGCAGCCGACGCCUUGUAUAUGCUCUGUGUACUAUAGUUUGUCGCUUGGGUUGAAGGGCGACGUUACCCCUUGUGCAAUUCAGUUCUCUGACCAGCUUGUGAGCCGGCAGAAGAUGCCUGAGACGAUGAGACUCGGUAGCAUCGUCCCUAGUUUUCCCGCAGCCCACACAUGCACCUUUGCUUGCCCACACGUUAGACUUCAGAUCCGCUGCCUCCCGCUUGGCCCAGUUAUACG